AUGGCAGCAAUGUUCACCCUUGACUUCCAAACCUGCUCCAUCUUCAUCGUUCUCUGCCUCUUCUCAACAAUCUUUUACUAUCUCUUCUUAGUCAGGAAAACAAAGGUGGGCUGUAAUCUGCCUCCGAGCCCUCCGUCUCUGCCCAUCAUUGGCCACCUUCACCAUAUCCUCUCUCUUCUAAUCCACAAAUCUCUACAGAAACUCUCUUCCAAGUAUGGACCUAUCCUCUAUCUCCGCGUCUUCAAUGUCCCCAUGGUUCUCGUCACCUCUGCCUCAAUAGCCUAUGAGAUCUUUAGGGCUCAAGACCUAAACGUUUCCGUUCGUGCCCUCCCUACAAACGAGGGCUCCAUCUUCUUCGGACCUUCUGGCUUCUUAACCGCUCCUUACGGAGACUACUUGAAGUUCGCGAAAAAGAUCCUCGUCACCAAGCUCCUCCGACCUCAAGCACUCCAGAGGUCACGAUGCGACCGUGAAGAUGAGAUAAAUCGGUUCUACUCAAGCUUGCUUGAUAAGACGAUGAAGAAGGAGAGCGUUGAUGUUGGUGAGGAAGCAAUGAAGCUGAUCAACAACAUCAUCUGCAAGAUUCUCAUUGGGAGGAGUUGUUCAGAGGAGAACGGUGAAGCAGAGACAGUCAGAGGCUUAGUGACCGAGUCAGAUCUCUUGUCCAAGAAGUUUAUCUUGUCGGCCAUCUUGCGCAAGCCGCUUAACAUGAUCGGGAUCUCGCUGUUCAAGAAGGAGUUAACAAGUAUCUCCCGCAGGUACGACGAGGUGUUGGAGACGUUUAUUGUGGAGCACGAAGAGAAAAGGCGCGAGAAUCAUCAUCAUCAAGGUGAUAACAUGGUAGAUGUGCUGUUGGAAUUUUAUGGAGACGAAAACGCAGAGUUUAACAUCACUAGGAACCAUAUCAAGGGCUUGUUCGUGGAUCUUCUCAUUGCAGGCACUGACACCUCGACUCACGCUAUACAAUGGACAAUGGCCGAAAUUAUAAACAACCCUAACGUUCUUGAGAAACUGAGAGAAGAAAUCGAUUUCGUGGUGGGGAAGGUAAGGUUAAUUCAAGAAACAGAUUUACCAAACCUUCCUUACUUGCAAGCGGUGGUCAAAGAAGGGCUGAGAAUGCAUACACCAGCGCCUAUCUUGUUUAGGACGUUCCAAGAAAAGUGUGAGAUCAACGGGUUCCACAUACCGGAGAAGACAACACUUAUUCUUAACUCUUACGCUAUAAUGAGAGAUCCUAAUUUCUGGGAAGAUCCUGAGGAGUUUAAGCCAGAGAGGUUUCAAGAGGAGGAGACAAGAGAAGAAGUCCUGAGAUACUUACCUUUCGGCAGCGGGAGGAAAGGCUGUCCUGGAACCAGUCUGGCUUAUGUCUCUGUAGAGCACGCGAUUGGAGUGAUGGUGCAGUGCUUUGGUUGGAAAAUCAAAGGAGACAAGGUCAACAUGGAUGAGGCUCCUGGAUCAGUUACGUUGACCAUGGCACAUCCUCUCAAGUGCACUCCUGUUCCUCGAACUCAGAUACCUCUAAGGCUAUAA